UACUGCCAUAAGUAAGCUGAGCAGCUGCUCCCUCGUGUAAACUUCUAAGAAGCACUUAUUAUUUUGACUGAAACUUCUUGAAGCUAAUAGGUUAUCAUAGUUUUCACAUUAUUUAAAGCUUGAUUGAAAGAUACUGCUUCAGUUAUACUGUUAUUAUUUUGGAAUAGAUAAACAAUUAAUAGAGAUGUAAAUGGAUAUGAAGGCCAUAUAAUCCACUUUGUAAGGAUUGGCUUAUAUGAUGGCCAUAUAAUUCACCUUGUAAGGAUUGACUUAAUAUGAUUUCUCUUUUUUAACUCCCGAGCAUCUUUUGCCAUUGCUUCAUUGGCUAAAUUUAGAUUUAUGUCUCAUAUCUAUUCGUUUCCUCUCUAUUUUCUCUCUUUAUAAGACCUGGACUGUUGGCUGACUUUGAUCCCAAUUCACAUCCUAGCUAGUGCAUACUAUUUUGUGGGGGAAACAACUACAUCUAAAGCAAGAGUCUUAAAGAUUUAUUCUAUAAUUAAUAUCAUAUAUUGCUGCUAAACUGGAACAUCGCACCUUGAGAUUAAAUUGAACAAAAACUAUGAUGAUAGAAGUAGAAUCAAAUUCUAUUACUUUCCCAGAUUUACUUCAUAAUUCGUAUACUUCUGGUUCUUGGAAGCAUUUGAUGAACCCACUGAGAGAUUAUGUUCAUGCAACUUUCUAGCAACAACUUUUUCUCACUGUUGUAUCUAAAUGGUUUUCAUUGCAAAUAGAUUACUUGUUUUCAAGCCAGUUCCCCAUGGCUUUGCCCUGAUCAGCCUAAAGUAUGAAUUUUCUGCUUUAGAUUGAAACAAAGUUGAAACUGAAGAGACUUGACCAUGUUAGUUGAUUAUUGGCACAUGAAAGGAUAGCAUUAGUAUUGGAAAGAUGGGCUGUUGCUCUAUGGAAGUUGUGCAUCUUUAGGAACAGAAAGCUUAUCUGCAGACAGUGGAUAUGAUGUUCUUCUCCUCCUUUUGAAUUCUGUACCAGCUAGUCCUUUGCAACACUGUUGACAGUAUUACAUAUCUUGGUAGUAUUUUAUACCCUGGAUUCAUUUAUUUAUGCAGAAUAUUAUUGGCCAAGAAGCAGGCAAAAGUAUCACAGAGGAAUAUUUGCACCGUAGAGGACGCUCAGAUCUCUGCAGCAGUACUUCAGAUGUUCCAGGUUCAAGUUUACAUGCCUAUGUGAAGCCACGCCCAAAAUUAGAGUCUUCUGGUGGAACAAAGAAACCAUCUAGAGCAACAAAAGAGGGUUCAUCAUCCAAUUAUCAGGUAGAGUAUCAGAAGUUCACUGUCGCCAGUAAUGAGGUUGAACCAAAAAAGAAUGCAAUUUCGAGUUAUCAGGAAAGCCAGGCUCCGGUUGAGAUUAGCCAGUCAAGAACCGUGCAUAAAGGGAACCAAAAUAAUUCUAAAAAGAAGAAAGCUGGGAAAGUUGUUUCACUUGCAGAGGCGGCUAAAGGUUCAAUAGUUUUCCAGCAGGGUAAACCAUGCUCUUGUCAAGCCCGUCAGCACAGACUGGUGAGUAAUUGUUUGUCCUGUGGAAAAAUAGUUUGCGAACAAGAGGGAGAGGGGCCUUGCAGUUUCUGCAGUGUCCUUGUUCUGAGGGAAGGCAGUACAUAUGCUGGCCUUGAAGAAAGUUAUGCUCCAUUAUCUGAUGCUGAAGCAGCAGCUGAAGCUUAUGCAAAAAGGCUUGUUGACUAUGAUCGAAACUCUGCAGCACGUACUGCAGUAAUUGAUGAUCAAAGUGAUUAUUAUGAAAUUGAGGGGAAUAGUUGGCUUUCAAAUGAGGAGAAGGAACUGAUAAAGAAGAAACAGGAGGAGAUCGAAGAAGCUGAACGUGCCAAACGGAACAAAGUUGUUGUGACAUUUGAUUUGGUUGGCCGCAAGGUGCUACUGAAUGAAGAUGAGGUCUCAGGAUUAGAGAUGGAAAAUAGGAUAUUAAGACCACCAGAUGAGAGAGAAGCGAACCGGAUUAAACCAAAUCCAACAGUUAGAAUACAACCUAUCUUCUUGGAUCCAGGUCCUAUCAAGAAGCCUGUUAAGAAUAAUAAACAAGUCAGCAAAAGCCUUGGAAAUGGCUUAUGUUUGGAAGUAACUGGGAGGGUGCAGCAUGACAAUCAUGAGUUGAAGUAUUUUGAGAUCAGGAACCAGUCCGAAGUAGCCUCAAGUGGAAAAUCUUGCAACCUAAAUAGAGGUACUCAUGAGGAAGAUGGGGGUGAAUGUUCUCUAGAUUACAACUAAGCUCAUCCUCUAGCUAAGGACUUUUUGGUGAUCUUAACUCACUACGUACUCUGGUACUUUCUUUCUUUCUUUCUUCAUGGUACGCUUGUUUGGCAAAUCACAAAGUUUUAAUUAUUUUACUAUUUAAAGACUUUUUUAGUAAAAUCCUUGUGUCUGUUGAUAGAGAUUAAUGAAGGAAAGGAAUCCGAAAUUGCAGAUACAGUUCAACAGUCAGCUGUUAUAUAUUUAUAUUCUC